UACCAGCGUGGCGCGGCUCCUCCUGCCGGGCCAGGUCCGUGAGGUCCCCGUGGAGCGCACAGGUAGCCCCCUCCCCUGGUGACGGGCUCUACAACUGCAAAAGUCUGUCCUUCCGUCCUGAAGCUCUGUGCGCGGACCACACUCCCCCCUCCUGGGACCUGGAGCAGUCCUUCGGAGGGUCCGCCGCGCUGCAGAGGCCCUCAAGCUUUCCUGUCCCUCCACUGUGGGGUCUGAGACUUGGUCGUGCUCCCGGUUAAGCGGUGGCCUCGCCUAGCCAGCCUUUGGCACCCGCCCCACGCCUUGCAGCACAGCCCAGAGAGGGUGUGGGGCGUCCCAGGCCUGCCAGCCCAGCCCUUCCGCAGGACCGCGCUCGGGAGGGACCGAGAUGUUCACGGUCCCUGAGAAGGAAUCCAGGCCGCUUACCACCUGUGUGGGCCCAGCCUCCACAGGUGGCCUGGACAGUAACUGCGGGGAUGGUCUGGAAAGAGAAUGCCCCAGCACAUCAGACCAGAAGCCCCGGGAGCUCUAUGGAGUGGGCCACCCCACCGCCAAGUUCUCCUCUGAUAGCUCCUAUCUGUCCUCAAGAGGGAGAGUCGUUAAAUGGUUCUGGGACUCCGCCGAGGAGGGCUACAGGACCUACCACAUGGACGAGUACGAUGAGGAGGAGAACCCCAAUGGCAUCAUUAACUUGGGCACCAGUGAGAACAAGCUCUGCCUUGACCUUCUGUCCAGGCGGCUGAGUCAGAGUGACAUGCUGCAAGUGGAGCCGUCUUUGCUGCAGUAUGCCGACUGGAGGGGACAUCUGUUCCUCCGGGAGGAAGUGGCUAGGUUCCUGUCUUUCUACUGCAAGAGCCCCACACCCCUUAAACCGGAGAGUGUGGUCGUCCUGAAUGGCUGUGCCUCUCUCUUCUCUGCUCUGGCCAUGGUGCUGUGUGAGGCCGGGGAGGCUUUCCUGAUCCCUGCCCCUUACUACGGAGCCAUCACGCAACACGUCUAUCUCUACAGCAAUGUCCGACUGGUCUAUGUCUAUCUGGACAGUGAGGUCACUGGGCUGGACACACGCCCCUUCCAGCUCUCAGUGGAGAAGCUGGAGAUAGCCCUGCAAGGAGCUAAUUCUGAGGGUGUGAAGGUCAAAGGCCUCAUCCUCAUCAACCCCCAGAACCCUCUGGGUGAUAUCUACUCCCCAGAAGAGCUGCGAGAGUACCUGGAGUUUGCCAAGAGGCACCAGCUGCACGUGGUGGUGGACGAGGUCUACAUGCUGUCCGUGUUUGACGAGGCGGUCGGUUACCGCAGUGUCCUGAGCCUGGAAAGGCUGCCUGACCCCCAGAGGACCCAUGUGAUGUGGGCCGCCAGCAAGGACUUUGGGAUGUCCGGGCUCCGCUUCGGCACGCUCUACACAGAAAACCAGGAUGUGGCCACUGCGGUGGCUUCCCUCUGCCGCUACCACGGCCUCAGUGGCUUGGUCCAGCACCAGAUGGCACAGCUGCUCCGGGACCAUGACUGGAUCAACCAGGUGUACCUGCCGCAGAACCAUGCCCAGCUCAGGGCUGCUCACGCCUAUGUCUCUGGGGAGCUCCGGGCCCUGGGGGUCCCCUUCCUGAACCGGGGGGCCGGCUUCUUCAUCUGGGCCGACUUCAGGAAGUACAUGCCCGAGGCCACCUUUGAGGAGGAAAUGCUGCUCUGGCACCGCUUUUUGGACAACAAGGUGCUGCUGUCCUUCGGCAAGGCCUUCCAGUGCAAAGAGCCCGGGUGGUUCCGCCUGGUCUUCUCCGACAAAGCCCACCGGCUUCGCCUGGGGAUGCAGAGGGUUCAGCAGGUGCUUAAGGGCACAUUCCAGGUGGCAGAAGACCGCCCUUCCUGUGAGACCCAGGAGCCCCGGGGCCAGCACAGGUGAGCUGGUCACUGCCUUGUGGCUGCUACUGCCAACCCGGGGUGUUUAAGGAUGCAAAGAGCGACCAUGGCUGAGCUGUUUGCUGGGGAGAUAGCCUGGCCCUUGAAGAAGAACCGUUCCUUGCCUCUUUGUGGCAGUGGGAGACUCCUUAAGUUGUGUUCGACCUGGUCUGUCCCCUGCCCCCUCCCCCCUCUAUUAAACAAA